UCUUCGUGUUUUCAUGGCAUGUCCAAGGCGAGUAUUUUACACUGUAAAUGUGUGGGCAUUGAAGGUCUCGGUCCAAGCUUGGGUUUGCACCAGCUGGCCCCAUUUUCCUCCGUGUACUGGUAGUAUUAUUAUGCUGAUGCUGAUGAAGACGCUGCUCUACUGCUUCUGUCGAUCUUACUGCUGAUGGUGAUGAUGAUGAAGCAAAAAACGUGUUUGAAUGUUGGUUCAAUUUUCAAAAUUGUACCGAGUGUUUUUCUUUUCAGGUUUCAGGAUGCAAAAAGAUCUACAGCAUUUCUUUGACUUUUCCGCAAGAGAUUCCACAGCUGUAGAGUACGACGUCUCGCCUGCAUGACACGGAGUCACGUGCUUUAAUACCGGAAAUGCAGCGCUUGCAUGCGCAGCAAGAAAUAACGACCGGUGACAUUUAUACCGAGAAAAAAUAUUUUACUCCAGGUUCAAGUUUCGACGCAUAUUACCGUGGUAUGACAGAGAUCUCUUACGGGUGUGUGAUCUGUAGCGCACCAUAUCCAAGAUUGGAAACGGAAAUGACGUCAUUAGAACUUCAGUUACCCAAGCUAGCCGAUUGUUCUCUCUGUAAUUACCUCAACCAAAUAAUGCUACGCAAGUUUCACGAAUAUUGUAGAAAUCAUUUCGAAGCUUUACAAUUUGAGUACAUUAGUUCGCUUUUUGGUGACUCUUACCCACUUUCACUGCAAGAUGGGGCGUUUUCAAAAACCUAUGUUUCGACACCGCAACAUAUCGGUAUACCGCCAAAAUACGCUAAUCAUCCACCAGUGAAUAUAAACGGAUUGGAAUCAAGCAUCUGCGAUACCAAUUCAGUUAGAGGAUCAAGAAACUCGAAUUCCGCUGGGUUAGUAGAACGUACUUGUAGGUUUGAAAUACCCAUAGAAAAUCAAAACGGACAAAACGACCCCAUUCAGACGAUGAAUCCUGAUAUAAGAAAACCCACCACGAAUAAAUUUUCAAUACACGGAAUUACACCGGCAAAGAUAGAGCAAACCAUCAAACAAGAAGCGAAAGCGCUGAAUCUCUCCACAAAAGAUACGAAAUCGAAAACGAAAUCAUCCACGCUGCCCUACCCGCUAACUAAGGUCGCCGGGAAGAUGCACUAUGAGUGUAUACAUUGCAUGAAGACCUUUGGACAGCUGUCCAACCUAAAGGUCCACUUGCGUACCCACACAGGCGAGAAACCGUACGUCUGCACUGAAUGCGGAAAAGGUUUCACCCAGCUGGCGCACCUGCAAAAACAUCAUCUAGUGCACACGGGGGAGCGCCCUCAUCAGUGUGGGGUCUGCGACAAGCGCUUCAGUUCCACGUCGAACCUGAAGACUCACCAGCGGCUUCACAGCGGCGACCGGCCGUUCAAGUGUCGGAUAUGCCCGGCGGCCUUCACGCAGUUCGUGCAUCUGAAGCUUCACAAAAGGCUGCACACGAACGAGCGACCAUUCGAGUGCGCGCGCUGCCACCGGAAGUACAUCAGCGGAAGUUGUCUGAAGACGCACUUGAAAAUUGGCACAUGCUUGUCGCUUGAUGUAUGCGCGUGAGAACUGAAACACCAGUACAUCGUCUUACAAAGAUAGUUCGACUGAUUUAUGUCACGGCAGAAUUGUGUAUAGUUAAAAACCAUACAAGGUUCUUAUCAAUCCAUUAUAUGGCAUACGAAUAAUAUCAUGAACAUGACUGAUAUAAUGACUGAAUUGUUUGUCAUAGAUUUUGAUGUUUAACAAACAAUACUGUCUCGUUAAUUAACUUCGUCAAACGAUGUGUAAAAUGAAAACUUAUAGUUGUAUUUUUAAAUCUUAAUUAUUAAUUUUCAAGAGUACAUCAACGAAAUGUUCGAAGUUAUGUAUACAUUUGUCACUUUUUGUGAAUAUUUAGUGUUUGGAAAUUGCCACAUUUUAUAGAUGUAUGCCAAUAUGCAGAUGUAUCCGUAUAUGAUAAAUACGAACACCAAAACGAAAUUUUGAAAUAUCUUUAGCAUGUAUAUACCUCUCAUGUACACAGUAGGUUGUUAAAUUUACAAUAAUUUCUUUCUAACUGAACUUCGAAAAGAAUCCCAAAGGCUUGUAUAAGCGAGUAUUCAAUCAAGUCGAUUUUUAUUUUUUUCAUAUAGUUUAUUUCGAUAUUAGGAAUACAUUUGAAAGCUUUUUUGUACUUGAUAUUUAGUACAAACCUGUGAAUAACAUGUUCUGUUUAUGUGGUUUAAUGCAUGGAAAUAAGUCCUGUAUCAUGUUUGUUCAAGUAAAGAUUUCGGGCUUAAAGUAUCAACAUUAUUAUUAACAGUACCGAGCGGGUACUCAAAUCCCCAUGUUUUACAUAUACAAGUGGUAUUUAUAAUACAUGUAUUAAACAUUGCUGCUGAGACAUUUAUC